CAGGAGAUGCCCCACUGGUCUCUCCCAAUAGGAAGCAUCCAGCAGUGUUGCCAAUAUGGCGUUUGAUGGUACCUGGCAAGUCUACACCCAAGAGAAGUAUGAAGACUUCCUGAAAGCAAUUGCUCUAUCAGAUGAUAUCAUUAAAAUCGCCAAAAACAUCAAGCCCAUAACUGAAAUCCAUCAGACUGGGAAUACUUUUGUGAUCACAUCGAAAACCCCCAACAAAUCUGUUACGAACACAUUCACGUUGGGAAAAGAAGCAGAAAUGACCACCAUGGAUGGGAAAAAAGUCAAGUGCACAGUAAAUCUUGAGGAUGGAAAAUUAAUAGCCAAGUCAGACAAAUUCAUCCACGAGCAAGAAAUUGUAGGCAAUGAAAUGGUGGAGACUAUUUCCUGCGGCUCAGCCACAUUCACCCGAAGGAGCAAGAAGAUUUAAACAAAAAGGGAGAUAACUUUAUUAUUUUUUGUAGGUGCUUUU